CUUUUAGCUGAUAAAAUAUAUUCCCCCCUUCCUCCGUUUCAUAUUCUUUUUCAAGAUGACGAUAGAAGAACAUAACGAGCCAUUGAUAUCACAUGAACACGCGUUGGCAGAACAAGUGGAGCAUAUGGAGCCAUUAGCUAUUGGCGAUCAGCGAUUAGAACGCAAGAUUGGGUGGGUUCAAGGUGCGAUGGUGAACAUGAGCUAUAUUAUAGGUGCUGGCAUUUUCGUUGGCCCGGCUCUUACUCUACAGCUUGUCGGAUCCGGAGGAAUGAAUCUUAUCAUUUGGACGAUUGGAGCCUUCGUGGCGUUCUCAGGAACAUUUACAUUUAUGGAACUGGGAACUAUGGUAAAAAAAAAAAAAAAAAAAGACUCACAAACAAAAAGUGGUGGAGAACUUGGCUAUCUGGAAUAUUGCUAUAGGAAACCGAAAUAUCUUUUAGCUUAUCUGUUUACAAUGUGGAGUCUUAUGAACAGAUCGAGUGGAGUAGCAUCUCAGGGCAUUGUAUUUGGUGGUUACAUGAAUUAUGCUAUUUUUGGAUCAAAGUAUAAAUCCAAUCAAGCAGAGCGAUACUGGGCAUUAUUAUCCGCCACCCUGUUAGGUCUUGUCAAUAUCUUUUCUACAAGGGCAUCAAUGAACAUGAUGAGUCUGUUGACCAUUGUGAAACUUUCGGUGCUCUCUUUAAUCGCCAUGAUCGGUAUCUUGAUCAUUAUCAAGGUGAUUCCUUCAGACGUUGACGCUUCACUCAAUCUGUCCUUUUAUGCAACUACUACGUCUAUUGGGCCUUAUGCUUCUGCUUUGUAUUAUGUAAUGAAUAGCUAUAGUGGCUGGCAUAAUCUCAACUUUAUUUUGGACGAAGUAAAGGAUCCCAUCAGGAGCUUACCAAAAUCAUCAGCGGCAGCUAUUGUCACUACUGCGACACUCUAUAUAUUGACCAACAUGGCUUAUUUGGCUGCCCUACCUCUUGAUGUGAUGAAGAGCUCAGAGUUCAUUGUGGCAGCAGCAUUUUUCACUAGGUCAUUAGGCGAAAGCUUUGCUUCUACUAUACUUCCGUUAUGUAUCGGUCUAAGCGCAUUUGGAUGUGGUGCCGCCAUCAACUUUUCCGCGGGAAGAGUCAUCAUGGAAGUCUCACGACAGGGACUCUUACCUUAUGGCCAUAUCUUUGGAAAAGUCAACACUCAGCUCAAGACCCCCGUGAAUGCAUACGUUCUACAGUAUGUUCUUUCCAUCCUUUUCAUCUUUGGACCUCCUCCCGGUGCUGUAUAUCAAUUCGUUGUAGCAUUUGCAGCGUAUCCUGUUUAUAUAUUUUAUUUUUUAAUAGCACUGUCCAUCAUCAUCUUAAGGAAACGUGAGCCUAAUAACAAUAGACCGAUUGUUGCGCCAUUAGUUUGCGUGUAUGCCUUUUUGUUUUUCACUUUAUAUGCUCUCGUCUUUGUCUUUAUUCCUGUGGAUAACAAAUAUUAUCCUUACUGGCUUCCUUAUAUCACUGCCAUCCUCUCCAUGGUUGCCUGUACUGGCUUUUGGGUAAUAUGACACCUCAACGUUGUUCAAUCACUGACCAACCCUAUGCGUAGUAUUAUCAAAUAGUUAUUAGAAACACACCAGCAAAAUCAUACAAUGAAUCUAUCAGAAAUCAAGGACAGGCUGCUAUUGAGCAGGAGAUCUUUGGGGGAUAUGCUUCUGUUCCUGUUGAAGAAGAAGAGGCGCCAUAAAAAGGACAAAUGUUUAAAGGUCUUUAUAUAUAAAAAAAAAUAAACGUUCUUUUUUUUUAAAAAAAAGUUAUACUUUAUUCAUCACACCAG